AUUGUUUAGUUUACUGGUGCGCCUGCUGCGUUGUUGUUUUGUUUUUCAUCCGUUUAGGUAAAUUUAGUUCGAAAACACGACCAAUUGUUCGGCGAGGGAUGGACUACGUGGACAUUCAGGCGGUAGAAUCGAAGCUUACGGACGUGACUGUUACCCCGAUACCGAUGAUAAAGAAUGCACACAACAACAUUGGCCACGGAAGCAGCGGCAGCAGCGGUAACAACUGCAACAACAUCGCAAGCAUUAGCAUUACGGCGCAAUCAUCAAAUCAUCGUAACCUGAACCAUCACACCGUUGCAACGCCAGUGAACGAUGUUACCGCGGGUGCGCUGGCCCUGACCGUCGGAUCGAAUGCUGCCAAUCUGGUGGCACCGGUUACCACGUUCAAUCACUUUCCGAACAACUCGGGCCUUUCGAAGUACGCUCAGCUGCUGAUGGUAAUCGAAGAGAUGGGCCGCGAUCUGCGUCCAACCUACUCGGGCAGCCGCAACUCGGCCGAGCGCCUGAAGCGUCUCAUCGUUCAUGCACGCAUUCUGGUCCGGGAGUGUUUGGUGGAAACGGAACGUUCCGCCCGGCAGUAGCGACCAGCACACGCGGACCCUCGUCAUAGCAGACCAACAUCUCCCAUUUCUUCAACCGCGUAGCAACGGCAACAACAGAAAGAGCGUUUGUAAACACAUAGUACAAAAUGUUUCAUAGACCCAAUUGGAGGGCAAGACGCGCGAAGCCCAGCAUAUAAAAUCAGUUAACGUAGUCACAAGCAGACAUCUUGAGCGCGGCGCCUUUAGUGAUUAAGAUAGAGAGACUGUGUAUUUACCGCCAGUUCAUAGAAUUCUCCCGCUCGUCGGAAGCCCAACAUAAAAGCAGACAAGCAACACCCAUCCACAGACACUCACACGAUACGAUAGAUGUAUACAGCGGAUACGCUCCUUUAGUUUCGAGUUCUCGUGUUUGUUUUUUCUACAAGCAUAUAGCGUGUUAAAAGACGAUAUAAUUGUGUAGCCUUUAUCUAUAUUAUAUACAAACCCUCGAUCGUAAUGUAAUUUGUAUAUCAGACGUUUAAGACGAUUAAUAAAAGUCAUAUUUUAGGC